AUGAUUUGUAUUAUAUUUGUUGUUUCUACCAUUUUUGUUUCUGCACAAUGUCAAAUCUUCGCGCCAUACCCCAGAACAGUGCCAGCCGUCAUGCCAAGCUGCCCAUGUGGCAAGCAAGCCACAUUGCCAGUCAUGAAAGUACCCUACGAAGUCCCUAUGACAGUCCCCGCCGCCGUGCCAAGAGUUGCAAAGGCACCCAUUGGGUGUCUAGAACCCACUGUGACGUCAUAUGGCACUAUUGCUGAGACUUCACUGCCUGUUGGCCUGCCAGUAGGCUUGCCAUUAGCAAAUCCGUUCCUACCAGCGGCUUCACCCGUGUCAGCUUUAGCGCCAUUUUCUCCACUGCUGCCUCCUGCAAAUACUUGCAGUAGGUGCCAGUACUUAAAAAAGAUACCUAUCCCUCCUCCUUGUAUUUAA